CUAAAAAGAGGCCACUUAUCCCAUCCGUUUUCAGCUUUGCCUGCCGUUUGUCAGCCUCAACGGUCCAAUUCUCUUUCUCUCCCUUCUUCCCAAUCCCUAAAUCCCCAAAGUCCAAUUUAUACCACCUGAACAUUACAACAAAACCAAAACCCUCUUCUUUCUACUGUUGUUGCUUUCUUUCCCUCGUUAAUUCCACCCACCGUACACAUCUCCACCUACAUAUGCACAGUGAUGGACCCACUUCCACCACCCCCGCCGCCGAUGGAAGUCGCUGCUGCUCGCAUAGCUCAGGUUGCUACCCCCAUCCCUGUCCUCUUGCCCACCCCCACCCAUAACCAUCCUCCUUACUCUGAGAUGAUAACGGCCGCGAUAACGGCGUUAAAGGAAAAGGAUGGGUCGAGUAGACAAGCUAUAGCUAAGUAUAUAGAGCGAGUCUACUCGGACCUUCCGCCCAAUCACUCGGCCUUGUUGACUCAGCACCUUAAGCGGUUGAAGAACUGUGGUGAGCUUGUUAUGGUGAAGCACUCUUAUGCGCUCCCUAGAUCUCCGACUCAGUCGCAGCCUGACCCCGCGGGAAAUGCUCUCAGCCCGAAAAGGAGGCCCGGUCGGCCUCCCAAGCCCAAGCUUGAGCAGCAGCCUCAGUUCCAGUUUCAGCCGGAGGAUUCUAUGGGCCAGUUCCCUCAGCUCCACUUCCAACAACCAUCUAUGCCUCACUUCCAGCCCUUUGUUGUUCCGGAGGUCCACAACAGUGGGCCUGAAUCUGUGUUUGCUUCUCUUGGGUUGGUGGAUGCGCCUCCUCCUCCUCCUCCUCAGCCAACUCCGGUGACUAAGAGGCGCCCUGGUCGUCCAAAGAGGAUCAUUUCUGAAGACAAAGGCCCUGCAGCUCCGCUGCACAAGGGCAACCAGCCCGGACUGGCAACCGUGUCUGGUGUUGUUGUUGGAAGGCCAAGAGGCCGCCCCAAGAAAAACAUUUCUACUGGGACGACAGGGAAGCCUAGAGGACGACCCAAGGCAAGCGCCACUACAAUUGCUAAGAAGCUUGGGAGGCCACGAGGACGGCCCGCCAAGAAUGCUCAGCUUGGCAGUGCUGGCGGGUUGGUGAUUGUGCCAAUUACUGACAAUGACGCCCCUGCUGCUGCUGCACCCCUUCCAGGGAAUAAUGGGGUAGUCCCAAUGCCUAAAAGGCGAGGAAGGCCUCCUAGGAAAUAUGCAGAUGGUCUGCUACCAGCACCAAAGCCAAGAGGACGACUUCCAAGGUCUAGUGCUGAUGGGGUCAAGAAACCCAGGAAGCUUAGCGGAAAGCCACUUGGACGACCCAGAAAGAAUGCACUAUUGGAAGCACCCAAUGCUCCUGAUUCCCAACACUUAGCAGCUUUACAGGAUCUACAGGGAAAACUCGAACAGCUUAAAUCAAGAAUAAAGGAAACUGCCAGUGUUCUAAGACCAUGCCUGAACAGUGAAACGGCAAUGGCAGCGUUGCAGGAUCUGGAAGAGUUUGCAGCAAAUGGCGUAAAUCCAGUCCAACCCCCACCCCUCGUACCCAUUUAAGAAGAGAAGAAAGAUCUAGGAACUGGGAUGGAGGUUGGUUAGCAUUGACAUUAUUUAAAUUAUUGUGAUAUUUGCAGAGAGAGGGAAAGAUAUGGAAGAUUUAGCAUAGCUAAUUGUCAAUAAAGGUGCUUAGAAUUGAAGGCUUAGUUUUGUAUCUUUUAGUGACUGUCACCUGGAACUGGAACUUUUAAUUUGUAGGUUCAAAUUGAAAUUGCUCUCUUUUGUGUAUGUACCAUGUUGUUCCAUUGUUGUGUUUUGUUAAAGAAUAUCCUCAGAUUUUAGACUAUAUAUCUAGGGCAGAUUUACUCUUGUUUUGACUAUAAACCUUAGCUUCAUAGAGUUUGUAAUUGAUUUGGCGUCGGUUUGAAGGUCAAGACUAUAUAUUAUCCUGAACAAUAUUAAUUAUAUUUUUA